AUGGACGCCCCGGAGCCGCAGCCGGACCCCGACGGCGGGGACGCCCCGGGCCGCGAGCCCGGGGGCAGCCCCCAAGACGAGUUCGACUUCUCCAUCCUCUUCGACUAUGACUAUUUGAAUCCUAUCGAAGAAGAACCGAAUGCACAUAAAGUCGCCAGCCCACCCUCCGGACUCGCAUACCCCGAUGAUGUCCUGGACUAUGGCCUCAAGCCAUACAGCCCCCUCGCCAGUCUCUCUGGCGAGCCCCCCGGCCGAUUCGGAGAGCCGGAUAGGGUAGGGCCCCAGAACUUUCUGAUCCCGGCCAAGCCAGCGGGGGCCUCGGGCCUGAGCCCUCGGAUCGAGAUCACUCCAUCCCACGAACUGAUGCAGGCAGGGGGGCCCCUCCGCGUGACAGACACUGGCCUCCUGGUGGAGCAGCCGCCCCUGCCGGGGGUGGCCGCCAGCCCGAGGGUCACCCUGCCGGUGCCUGGCUUCGAGGGCUACCGCGAGCCGCUUUGCUUGAGCCCCGCUAGCAGCGGCUCCUCUGCCAGCUUCAUUUCCGACACCUUCUCCCCCUACACCUCGCCCUGCGUCUCGCCCAAUAACGGCGGGCCCGACGACCUGUGUCCCCAGUUUCAAAACAUCCCUGCUCAUUAUUCCCCCAGAACCUCGCCAAUAAUGUCACCUCGAACCAGCCUCGCUGAGGACAGCUGCCUGGGCCGCCACUCGCCCGUGCCCCGUCCGGCCUCCCGCUCCUCGUCGCCUGGUGCCAAGCGGCGGCAUUCGUGCGCCGGGGCCUUGGUUGCCCCCCUGCCCGGAGCCUCACCCCAGCGCUCCCGCAGCCCCUCGCCGCAGCCCCGGGACGACGGCGCCCCCGCUGGGUACCCCCCCACGGCUGGCUCCGCCGUCCUCAUGGACGCCCUGAACAGCCUCGCCGCGGACUCGCCUUGUGGCAUCCCCCCCAAGAUGUGGAAGACCAGCCCCGACCCGUCGCCGGUGCCUGCCGCCCCCGCCAAGGCCGGCCUGCCCCGCCACAUCUACCCGGCCGUGGAGUUCCUGGGGCCCUGCGAGCAGGAGGAGAGGAGGAACUCGGCGCCCGAGUCCAUCUUGCUGGUGCCGCCAACCUGGCCCAAACAGCUGGUGCCCGCUAUUCCCAUCUGCAGCAUCCCAGUGACUGCGUCCCUCCCUCCACUUGAGUGGCCGCUCUCCCACCAGUCGGGCUCCUAUGAGCUGCGGAUUGAGGUGCAGCCCAAGCCCCAUCACCGGGCCCACUACGAGACCGAAGGCAGCCGAGGGGCCGUCAAAGCUCCAACUGGCGGCCACCCUGUGGUUCAGCUCCACGGCUACAUGGAAAACAAGCCCCUGGGACUUCAGAUCUUCAUUGGGACAGCCGACGAGCGGAUUCUUAAGCCCCAUGCCUUCUAUCAGGUGCACCGGAUCACAGGAAAAACCGUCACCACCACCAGCUAUGAGAAGAUCGUGGGCAAUACCAAAGUCCUGGAGAUCCCCCUGGAGCCGAAAAACAACAUGAGGGCGACCAUCGACUGUGCUGGGAUCCUGAAGCUCAGAAAUGCCGACAUUGAGCUGCGGAAAGGCGAGACGGACAUCGGAAGGAAGAACACGCGGGUGAGGCUGGUCUUCCGGGUGCACAUUGCAGAGUCCAGCGGAAGGAUCGUCUCCUUGCAGACUGCGUCCAACCCCAUCGAGUGCUCCCAGCGCUCCGCCCACGAGCUGCCCAUGGUGGAGAGACAGGACGUCGACAGCUGCCUGGUCUACGGGGGCCAGCAGAUGAUCCUCACGGGACAGAACUUCACAGCCGAGUCCAAGGUCGUGUUCACCGAGAAGACCACAGAUGGGCAGCAAAUUUGGGAGAUGGAGGCCACAGUGGAUAAAGACAAGAGCCAGCCCAACAUGCUUUUUGUGGAGAUCCCCGAGUACCGGAACAAGCACAUCCGCACGUCGGUGAAGGUGAACUUCUACGUCGUCAAUGGGAAAAGGAAACGGAGCCAGCCUCAGCACUUUACCUACCACCCAGUCCCAGCCAUCAAGACAGAGCCCACCGAUGAAUAUGACCCCACCUUGAUCUGCAGCCCCGCCCACGGGGGCCUGGGGAGCCAGCCUUACUACCCACAGCAUCCGAUGGUGGCCGAGUCGCCCUCCUGCCUCGUGGCCACCAUGGCUCCCUGCCAGCAGUUCCGCUCAGGGCUCUCCUCCCCUGACGCCCGCUACCAGCAGCAGAACCCAGCGGCCGUCCUCUACCAGCGGAGCAAGAGCCUGAGCCCCAGCCUGCUGGGUUACCAGCAGCCGGCCCUCAUGGCCGCCCCCCUGUCCCUCGCGGACGCCCACCGCUCCGUGCUGGUGCACGCUGGCUCCCAGGGCCAGAGCCCGGCCGUGCUCCACUCCUCUCCGGCCAACCAGCAGGCCUCGCCGGUCAUCCACUACUCGCCCACCAGCCAGCAGCUGCGCUGCGGAAGCCACCAGGAGUUCCAGCACAUCAUGUACUGCGAGAAUUUUGGCCCCGGCACCGCCAGGCCCGGCCCGCCCCCCGGCGGCCAAGGUCAGAGGCUGAGCCCCGGGGCCUACCCCACGGUCAUUCAGCAGCAGAAUGCCACAAGCCAAAGAGCCGCCAAAAACGGACCCCCGGUCACUGACCAAAAGGAAGUAUUACCCGCGGGAGUGACCAUUAAGCAGGAGCAGAACUUGGACCAGACCUACUUGGAUGAUGUUAAUGAAAUUAUCAGGAAGGAGUUUUCAGGACCUCCUGCCAGAAAUCAGACGUAGAAGAAGCCAUUAGCAAGACACCUUCCGUAGCUGAGCCCUCGGAGCCUUCCACUGCCCCCACCUCUGUUCCCUUUCCUGUACAUCUCCCGGCCCGGAGCCCACACGCGGGACAUGUUCUGGCAGAAAGCUGACUCUCCAUUCAGGAGCUCGCCACCUCUCUCUAGAAACACCAGGGAGAACUCUCUGCCUUUGAUUUUUGUUUUAAAUCCCAAAGAGCAUCUCGGUUGACUUUAAUGGUGUCCCGUCCUCACCUUAAGUGCCUGCUGACCAAACUCACGUUCUGAACAAGACGGCACGCUGGACCGCGCCGAGAUGGAGUGACCGGAGCCCGGGGGCCCGGGCUGGGGUGGGGCGGAAGAUGUGGGCACUGUGAUUAAACGGCAGCCCUGCCUUCCUUUUUCCAGGUCCCAGAUACAGCCCCUGUACCUUUUGAAGGAAAGGAGUUGUCAAACAGAACACCCAAAGAACGUGGCCCAAGAGUCCAGCUUACAGGCCGAAGACACGCAGAGAAGCAGGACCGCCAUCCUUGGGCAUCGCCUCUUCCCGGCCACAGCUGGGCCACAGCUCAAGCUUUACUUCUCAGUUUUCUCAUUCGGAAGCAAAACCGUCUGGCCCACACAAGAUCACCUGUUAAAACUUCUCGGCGUUAAGUUAUGACACUUGUACACGUUUGUUUUAUUUCUCUCUGCUUCAGAAAGCUGGCCAAAGGCGCCUAGAGGGGGCACCUUCUCGGCCAGCGGCUCCUCCCCUGCAGCCCGCGGUCCGGGACUGGAGCAGGUGCCCAGGCGGCCGAGCGCCCGGCCGCCGCAGCCCUGCCACCCACCAGCUUGCUGAUGUUCCCACUUUCUCCCUUCCUAACAACCAGAGUGCUUUGCCCAUAAAGUAGUUAAGAAUCUCAAGCAUGUGCAUUAAAUUUUGAGAAAGAAUGGCAGAAAGGCUAAAGCAACCAAAAAAAAAAAGAAAAAGAGAGGGUAUUUUUGUUAAGUGAAACAGUUUUGAGAUGAGGCGAUUUUUGGCUUAAGUGGCGUCAGCGUUCUGUGAGUGGCUUUCCCCGUGAUAGAGGAAAAGGGCUGAAUUUCCUCUCUGGCCUAGACUCAAGGUGGGACACUCAAGCUCAGGAUUUGGCCCCAAAGGUCAUUGGUUGUUUUUACCUGAACCCAUUUAAAGCUCCCCUCGGCCCCAGGACCUGUGUGCAUUCACUGCCUUCUCCAGCACAGGACUCAUCGAAUAGAUGCGGAUCCACUCACACAUUCCUUAGUUUGAAUGCACUCUGCUCAGGCCAAUUGUGCGCUAUUUGUGAAUUUUCCCCAGUUGUUUCUCUCCACUGGGCACACCCAGAGUCAUCCAGAGUCUUCCUCCUUUGAUGCAAACAAAUAAAAUCUCAAAGUUCUUGGCAGGUGAGUUUUUAUCACACAGAUGUGUUUCUGUUUGCAUUUAUUGCAGACACCCUGGGGACGAGUGGGGAUUCAUUUUCAGCUGCUUUCCCGGUAAUCAACAGAGUAUAGAUUUUCCUAACACUCUUCAAAAGGCUACCCUCGGAGUGAUUUCUCAAUCAAAUCUGCUGGGCAGAAGGCCUGAGAAGAGCAUCAUGGCAGUUAAGGGCCCACUGUGGGUUCUCUAAGUCCUGGCUUUCUCAUCAAGAUGACCCAGAGCAACACCUUCCUGAGAGCUGGGCCAGGUGCGCAGGUCAUGGUGACCAUGGCCUGGUGUGUUUGGUGUUCUAAAUAGAGGACAGAAUGCCCAAGCUGGGGCCUUUGCACCCACCUUGGCCUAUGUAACCUUUUGGCCAAGACCUAGCAUUUUCCCCCCAACAACAGGGGACCUUUCUGCCACACUCCCCCCAAGCACAGAGUUUAGCAAAACUCUUUUCCACAAACAGAAUGCCAGUGAGAAGUUGACCGCUGCUGCAAAGCUUCUGGGAUGCGAGAUUCUUGCUAAUAAAAAGCUCAUUAUACGAGCAGCUUUACCUAAAGAACUUUUUCUCCAGCCACAUUGACUUCACGGGGAAGAGUUAGUGUCUGGUGAGUGAUUUGUUCUCACUUGACCUGGCUAGGAGCCAUCUUUUGCACAUGAGGGAAUUUGGCUUUUCCUCAGUUAUCUGAAUGUUUUACCCAAAUGCCUUCCUGCUAUUGUAGCAAAGUCACUCAGCUUCACUGUGCAUGGGGUGAAAAAGGACUAAUGCAUUUUCCAUCAAUCUUCUAACCAUGGUAGUGAAAUGGCCUCCUGGUAGUUCAAACUCUUGUACAUACAUAUGUACGUGUGUGUGUAUAAUACACACACAAACUCUUUUUUAAGACAUCCUAGCUGGAUAUUAUAGGAAGCACUUUCAUAAACAACUAUACAAAGUAGCAGAGGAAAGAGAAACAAAAGCAUUAGUUUUGAGACAUAAACAGGCAAGAGAAAGUCUAUUAGGAACCGACAGCUAUCAAGAAAGUUUUGUCAGUUACAAGUGCCAGGAGGAAGUUUUGCCAAGAGUAAUUGCUCAUGAAAUAUUUUCGGUAUGGAAAGAGGCAAUAAGAUCCUCUAGGAGAACGAGAAAGUAACGAUGUCUAAGUGGUAAAGAUGUGUGUGUCGCAGGUGUGUUAGAAGGAUCUGAGGUUGAGGUUUGCACUUGUUAACAUCCAAGGAAAUGUAAAUAUGUAGCACUUCCAACAGAAAUCUACCAUGUUGCUGAAUGUAGUAUAUUUCCAAAGUUUGCAAGUCUUCCUGUAUUGUACAAAAAAUACUGCUGCUUGAUAAUAUAUAAUAGCAAUCCAAAUUAAUUAGUAUGUUAUUAAAUUUUAUUUUCUUAUCUGUAUUUUUAUGCUUUUUAUCUGUCAUCAAAAUAUUGCACCCCUGUUGGAAUUAGAAAAUAUUUAUAAAUGGUCAGAAAUCUUUUUUAAGUGUCUCUUUUUACAUAUAUGUUGAUGAUUUCUUUUUCCCCUAAGAGAAAUGAUGUAUUCUUGAAAAUUUGUUAAUCAUUCCAGAAAAAAAAAAAAAAAAAACCCCACCUCAGUGCCUGUCACCUGUCUCCUAGGAGAACGCGGCUCCGGAGAAAGGAGGAGGGAUGGCUUUGUGGAAGAAGGAACCACCUGUUUCUUGAGAUUGUUGCUGAUGUUUUUCAGCUCUAAGCCUGGAUCUUGUCACUGAGAAUAAUUGUAAAGGGCUUAGAUCCCCCAAAUAAGUGAUCCAGUAGAUGAUUUUGAAUUAAAAAAAGAAAAACUGCAUGUUUGUAGUGGGAUUCUAAAAGAGUUCGUGUUCACAGAACUCUAAGUCCAGGCUAAUGUUUACAGAGCUGACUGAAUCCUGGCAGAUCACCCCCCUACGCAUUAUCCAAAGGACACCCAGAGUUUUUCAGCAUAGGCACAGCCUAGGAUGAAUCGAGUUGAUUCCUUCUAAGAACUGGGAAGCACGGUUGUAGCCUUUCUUGUUUACAUCCCGUAGCCAAGACCUCCGUCUCAGGAAGCCAGCCUUGGCCAGGAUGGGAGCUGUCGCAUUUAGAUCAGAAGCCAAUGUGUUCUAAUUGUCCCUCUGGACUGAAGGGAGGCUGAAUUUGUUUAUUUUCAUGUCCAAACGCACUUUCUAAGUGCUUUCUAUUGUUCGGAAUUGAAAGAACGUCAGAGGUUCAGUUCACAAUUUUUUUCACGUUUACAAGAGGCAUGGGGUUGUGACAUUCUUGACAAGCUGGGGUGAACGUCCCUGAACUCACUGUCUGGAAGGUCAGCCUUGUAGCAGGUGCCCAACACACUUAACCUUGGGUCUCCCAAGCUUGGGACUUGGGCAUUAAAUCUCAUGGAGCCCAAGCAGCCACUGCGGUGUCUUCCUGCAUUCCCGCUACAUGCCUGAGAAAAGAGCAUCACACGAAACUGUGAUUGCAAACAUCAGUCUCCCUCAACUUUCAUGAGUGCCUCGAGUUACAGCCAACGCCACAGUCUUAACUCAGUUUGUUUAAAAACAGACUUUUCUGGUGAUUGGUGAGGCAGAGAUGCUCCCUAAGCAAGCCCCUCUGAAAAUGAGAUGGGGUGUUGGGUGCUGGAAGAAAGGCUUCACACUCUGUCUUUAUGCAGCUGUUGGCAGAUGAGAAUCAACUGCACCUGCCUAGUUCAGGGUCUGGAUGAACUGGAUGCUAAUGAUGUUGUUUCCGUUAGAGCUGGUGCUUUCAGCUUUCUGCUUUCUGCAUCUGCCCGAGCAGACGGAGGCUGUGGUUGGGACAAGCUUAGCAUCCUGAAUAUCUUGUCCAAGAACCUCACUUACCCUGUCGCCUCUACAGCCCUCAGAGGGGAGGGGAUGUUGAGAAUGUCCUAAUUAGUUCUCCAACAAAUAGAAAGAAGUCUCUCCAACGGGGUAGUGCUGGAAGGCAUAGGUUUUGAGAAUCUUGACUGUUAAAGGAGGCUGAAUACAUCACAUUCCUAUGCAAAUCAUUUUUAAUCUCCAGUUUAAUGUAGUUUAUUUUUGCUAUAUGUAAAGUAUUUUUAUACGGCUUGUAUCAUGAUAGUUUAGCAAUAAAACAGU